CACAACAUCAUCAGACCAGAAGAAAAAAGCAACGUGUCUUUCAACGUUCUUCCAUCCUUCUACUUCAUAUUGCUACCAGACCGCAUUUCCUACCGAGACAAGCACAAGCAUUAGGCAAAAAGAUACACUAUUGUUUGCGCCGGAUGGCCCUAGCGAUGCUACACAAAGACAAAUGCAGCGGCCAACAAGCGCAUUGUGAUGCCAGGUCACAUCUCCCACGCAUGCCAGACGCGCACAGAGAAAGGUUGAUGUGGCUCUUAGAUUUUGGCCCUGGCAAAAGCUGCUGCGUCCCGGGCCAAUCCUAGUUAAUGCGCCGGCCAUGGCAUUGUCGUUUGCGCUGAGACUGCCGUCGCAAUUCGCGACAAAUGCGAUCACCAGGUGUCUUAAAACUUACAUGCACACGGGAGCAUCUGUCCUAUCAGCAACGCCCCUGCAUGAUUACGUGCCUCGAAAAGCUGACAAGGGAGAGUGCAUGCAGAAAGUUACAAAGGAAAGCAGUACAGGUACUCAUCGCUCCGUCAGGGCAUUGCUGAUCGCACCUCUGACAAGCCAAAGCUCCUACAUCUCCGUGAUUCACAACGAGGCCUUCCAGGCAAAAGCUCUCAAAGGUCUGUCCAAAGAGGCCCGUCCUGCCAUGUGGUAUUCAGCCUGUGCAUCCCGCCUAUGGAUGGAUCUUGUUUCUGACCCGUCACGAUCGUACAGGGCACCACUUCUACCCCUCCUCACCCCCGGCUUCUCAGCACGCCAAAGAGACCACCCCCUCCCUUGUCCGCCUACCUCGAACCGCAGGGCUUUGGUGGACUUUGGUUGGGGAGCGGCAUCGACGAGUGGCGCUCCUGCACAACACCCUCUGUCCAAGGCCCCCCAAUGGGGGACGUUUCCAGGUAUCUGGAUGGCCGCUGGUGGGUUAACCUUGUGAGAAGAGGUGUUGGGCUGGUGCGUGUUCGACAUGGGAGCUCGUUGUCUCCUGCAGCAGUUUGGAGUAUGAUUGCAGAGUGCUACCUCGUAAAGGCCAGGUUUAUCCCUCCACGAGGGCACAGCUUCAGCCAGUCAGCUUCAACAAUUCGACAAAGCAUAAUCAAGGACGAGCAGGUUGCAAAGCUCUGCAUCCAUCAGGUAUCUUACUGUACUUCCCAAGUGAUGCAAGCAGGGGUAGAAGAAGAAGAAGAAAAACAAAGAAGAGCUCGUUGCAUACCUGUACGAUUACA